AUGGAACUUCCAGUAGACAUCAUGCUAGACAUCUUAACACGUUUACUCACCGAAUCAGUUUUGGAAUCCAAAUUGGUAUCCAAAACUUGGAGAGAUGUUAUUCGCCAUCCAUCCUUCUCUAAAAAGCAUUCAAAUCGUCUUUUAUCUGUUGCUGGUGAUUCAGGUAAUUUGGGUUUUAUCUUGUCUAACUAUUUUGAUUCGGAAAAAGCCUACUAUGUUGAAUACAGUGAGAAUAAUGACACACCCAUUAUUAGAACUAGAAGGGUCAGUUUACCCCCUGAAUUCAAUUGUUAUACCUUUGUGGGUUUCUGUAAUGGGUUAAUCUGUCUUCAGAAUAUUGGUGUAUUUAUUAUUUGGAACCCCAUUACUAAAGAGCACGUUUUUCUUUCAGGGUUUACAUUAAAGUGUCAGUACUAUGGUUUUGGUUACCUUGCUUCAACUAAUGAGUAUAAAGUUGUUAGAAUAAAUGAUCCAGAACCCAAUUCACCCGAUUCUUUAGAAAUCGAGGUAUACACUCUAGGCAGUGGCAAUGGAUGGAAAAAUGUUGGAAAACUCAACUCUAGAAUUAGCUCUGCCAGAAUAGGUGCCCUUGCAAAUGGAGCUCUUCAUUGGAUAGCCCGUGGGAAGGAAAGGAGGAUUAUGUCCUUCGAUUUGGUUGAUGAAAAGAUUCGUGAAAAUUCAUUACCCACACUUUCACGAAGUACAAAUCGGGAUGUAAUCCUUAAUCUUGUUGGGGCUUUGGGUGAUAUUUUGAUGUGUGUCAAUUAUUUGAGAGACAAAAGUGAUAGGUCUCUUGACAUAUGGUUAUUUAAGGAAAAUGGUACUUAUGACAUGAAUUGGCAGGUAUAUUUUAAGUCAAUAAGCUGCAGUGAAGAGUUUAACUUGGGUGAUAUGGAACCAUUUGCCAUUACAAACAGUGGUGCAGUUCUGUGUUUCAUAGCGAGCCACACAAAUACCACCAUCUGUCGUUAUGACUUAAAAUCGUCCUCUGUAAAGAUGCUUGUCAGUCUUGAUAAAGAAUUUCAUCUUUCACCAUUUUCUCACAUGAAAAGUUUAGUUUCAUUGAAAGCUUUAGGAGAAGAAAAUACAAUAAUACCACAACUUAAAAUCGUCUUCUCUGGAGAUGCUUGUCAGCCUUGA